GACCAUGUUUUUGUUUCGGCUUAAAGUUGCAUUCGUGGGGUUGCGUUGUGUCUUUAACUAAAUGAAAUUUUGCAUUCAUUGCGAAAUUAUGCUUCUAUGAGAACCUCAGUGCUUUAACCUACUUUGUAAUGCUAUAAAAAUACACAGUUGUCCAUCGCAUCGUUUUGGGGAUUUAUCCAAAACUGUAGCGGUAACCAGCCUGAUCAAUGGACUCGAGGGGGAGAGAGAGUCGCAGCUGGGACUGGGACAGCCCGCGGUGUCGAGCCGAGUUGGACGAGAUCUUCUUCAGACAACAUGAUUACAUUCAGAGUGGGACCCCGGAGCAUAAGGACUUCUGGGCUUUCUUUGAGCGUUUCCAGAGAUUCAUAACAAAGAGGGAGAUGUCAGGAUAUUGCAGCUCUGAAAAUGAAAUGGUCAAGAAAAGCAAACACCACAGGGAAGUGGACUUGGGGCUUCCUACUGACUACGAUGCUCGGUAUAAAAUCAACCUGUCUGUGUGCACCAAAGACAUUGAGGAGCGCCUGGGGAAGCAACAUAAAGGCGGGCGGUCUUCAUCUGGACCGGGACGUCAAGAGAUUGCCGAGUGUCGCCUUUCGUAUCUGCAUUUUCUGGAUUUCACUCAGAAACAGAGCUUUAACAAACUUGCCAAACUGCGACGGGAGCAGAAAAACUUGCCAAUUUUCCAGUACAAGGGCCGGAUAAUAGAGCUCGUGAGACGCCACCCUGUGGUUGUGGUGGCGGGAGACACAGGCUGUGGAAAGUCCACUCAGGUUCCUCAGUAUCUCCUCUCUGCAGGAUUCACACAGAUAGCCUGCACUCAGCCACGAAGAAUAGCCUGUAUAUCUCUGGCCAAGAGGGUCAGCUUUGAAAGUCUAAACCAGUAUGGCUCAAAGGUGGGCUACCAAAUACGUUUUGAGACAACUAGAACCACAGCCACUAAACUGAUUUUCCUGACUGAGGGGCUGCUGUUGCGUCAAAUUCAACAAGAUGGAGAGCUGUCCCAGUACCAGGUGCUGAUUGUAGAUGAGGUCCAUGAGAGGCAUCUCCACUGCGACUUUCUCCUUGGAGUUCUGCGCACUCUUUUGGAAAAUCGCUCAGACCUUCGUCUUAUUCUCAUGUCCGCUACCAUCAAUAUCAAACUCUUCUCAAAUUAUUUCAACAGUGCUCCUGUGCUACAGGUGCCUGGGAGGUUGUUUCCCAUACAGGUGACAUACAGACCUAUUUCACCGGAAGAGCAGGUGUCCCGCUCUGAGAAACUUGACCCCCGACCAUACCUUCGCAUUCUUCAGGGGAUUGACCAGCGAUACCCCCCAGAAGAACGUGGAGACCUCCUCAUCUUUCUCAGUGGUGUGACUGAGAUUUCCACAAUCCAAGAGGCCUGUCAGAUUUAUGCUACACACACACGACGAUGGAUCAUUUUGCCUCUGCACAGCACUCUGUCUCUGGCCCAGCAAGAUAAGGUUUUUGAUAUUGCUCCUCCAGGGGUCAGAAAGUGCAUAAUUUCAACAAAUAUUGCUGAGACAUCAGUUACAAUAGAUGGAGUACGUUUCGUUGUUGACUCAGGAAAAGUUAAAGAAAUGAGUUAUGAUCCUAAAGCAAAAAUGCAGCGUUUGCAGGAAUUUUGGAUCAGUAGAGCCAGCUCUGAACAGAGAAAAGGCCGAGCUGGUCGCACAGGCCCAGGAGUGUGUUAUCGCCUUUAUGCUGAAUCUGAUUAUGAUGCUUUCGCUCCAUAUCCUGUGCCAGAAAUCCAUAGAGUGGCCUUGGACUCAUUAGUUCUUCAAAUGAAAAGCAUGGAGCUUGGAGAUCCACUCAGCUUUGUCUUCAUUGAUCCUCCACCUGCAGCUAGCAUCCAAACUGCAGUGACCUACCUCAAAGACCAGGGUGCUCUGAACAGUCAAGGUGAAUUAACCACUAUUGGGACAUUACUGGCACAACUACCAGUGGACGUGGUCAUAGGGAAGAUGUUGGUUUUGGGCUCUAUGUUUAACCUUGUGGAGCCUGUGCUGACCAUAGCAGCAGCUCUCAGUGUUCAGUCACCUUUUCUACGCAGUUCACAGCAAAACCCAGACUGCGCCACUGCUCGCCAACACCUGCACAGCAACCAGGGAGACCCCUUUACUUUGCUCAACACCUUUAAUGCCUGGGUGGAGGUUAAGGGUGAGAGAGGUGGAGGAUCUAGGAAGUGGUGCCGCAGAAGAGGUCUGGAGGAGCAGCGGCUUUAUGAGAUGGUCAACUUACGCAGGCAAUUUAAGGAUUUGUUGAAAAGCCAAGGACUUCUGGAAUCUGAAGACGGUGCCUCCUCUAGUGGCAGCCGUGGGCAACGCAUGGAGCGGUUGUCGGAGAGAAGGAAGCUGCAUCAGCUGAAGAGAGAUCACGAGCAACAGGAGAGCAGUAAACGUAAAGUCCUGCGACUGGAAGAAGGCCAAGAAGAUUCAUCGGGAUCAGACACUGAGGACAGAGGCCGACAAAAGAAGGACAAAGAGAAGGCAGGCCAUGAUCUGGACAUCCAGGAGGUGAAGUUCAAAUUGCGUCAUGAUGUGUCCGAGCUGCACGAUGCAGUGAGCGCCUGUCAAGACCUGUCCUCCAGAAAACAGGCACUUCUAAAACUGCUGGUCUGCCGAGGCCUUUAUCCACAACUGGCUCUACCAGAUGAACACAACACCGCCCGAAAGGACUCUGACCAGGUUUUUCACACAAAGAAUAAGCAGGGAGUUGUGAUCCAUCCAACAAGCGUUUUUGCCAAUGAUCCAGAGGUGUUGCAUGUUCCUGAAGAUGACGGCAGAGAAGGACCUACUAAGAAGGACAGCAGCAAACAUCAGCUACUCGCUUUUGUCACUCUGCUGGAGACUAACAAGCCCUAUUUGACAAACUGUGUCCGCGUUCCAGCACUGCAGACUUUGCUGCUCGUUGCCAACUCAGUGGACAGUAAUGCAGACUGCAGUCGUCUUGUAGUGGACGGCUGGCUGGAGCUGGAGUUCAAAUUGCCAGAGGAAGCUCUGAAGAUCCUAUCCACAGCUCUUUCUCUCAGAGCAGAGUGGGAACGAUUCCUUCUGCAUCAGCUGGGCCACAGUUCAGUGCAGGAAUCAUCAACAAGGAAAGUGUCCCGAAAAGACUUGGAGAAAUUAAGUGAUGGCCUGGUUCGCUUUCUGCAUUACACUGAGGUUAGCUAUAGCAUUCGUAGACUGACAGCUUUACAAACUCAAAACCUGUACAUUGGCUGUCAGGCUGAGGAGACCACAUUUUCUGGUGUUAACGCCCUUUUUCCAGGAGUUGAGGCCAAACCAGAUCCCAUUAAAGGAGGCCUUUGUGUUACCAGUUUUUUCAACUACAACUGUCUGUCUGACUCCAGAGAUCUGUACAGUGAUUGUCUGCGUGCAUUCUGGACCUGUCCAAACUGUGAUCUAUACAUGCCUCUCACUCCUCUGGAGCGCAUGCAGCAUGAGGCCACCUGCAGGCCGCCAGGGGAACAGCAGCAGCCAGAGGAAGAAUCUGUGAGUGCAAAAACAAACUCGUCCAUGUCCAGUCUGACAAGAGUUUACCAUUGUGACAUCUGUGACAAAGAUCUCACUCUUACUUCAACUGAGAUCCUUAAACACAAGAGGCAGCACAUGUAUUCUGUCAAAUAAUCAAUGUCAACUCCAGCCAGUUGGGGAUCAAAGACUACUGAUUUUUUAGACUUAAAACAUUAAAUGUAUUUUUUAUACAUGUCUCCCUCAUUGUUUGUGUGAAGAGAUAAAAAGACACUCAUUUAAAAUAUAGAGUGAGGGUUUAAUAAUGAUACAAACCCACGAUAUGUAACACCUCAAAGCAGCACAUUGGCACAAAGUCAGAAGUAAGACAGCACGGAAGAUAAAAACCUGUCUCAAAAAAUAAAGAAUCAGAAUAAAUAUCUCAAUAAAUAAAUAAACAGGUAAUAUUUCAAGAAUUACUUUGAAACAUAAAUAAAUACAUACAAUUAAAAAUAUGCACAUUGGCAAAAAUCAAUAACCCAAAAUGUAAAGAGUACUUAAUACAGAGUUACUUAGAAAUAAUAAGUUAUUGAUUAAUCAAAUCAAAAGGCACAUUUAUUAAGAUGUAAGAAUGGGGCCUGCAGGUGUGAUUGCAUGACUGUCAGUGCUGUCCUCUCCUCUAACACUAAAUAUGAACCAGAAGUAGCAAACUGUGUGCAAUGGCUUUACUAGUUGUGUCUGCACCAUUGAGUGAACAUGUGCGUCAGUGUGCAGGAUUCACACUGCAGAAUUGUGGGGAGUGGGUGUGUGUGGGUGAGAAGGGUAAUUCAAGAUCAGAAAAUGGCAGUCUCGUGACCAACUAGGUUUGUGUUCCCCGCCAUUUUGACACAAUAUCUUCUUCACUGUUGGCAGAAAGGCCUGGACCAUGUUGAAUAUCAUGACUGCCUGCUGCCUGUUCACUCACAUUAAGUCACUUUGGAUAACAGUUCUUGGCUAAACCUAAAUGUAAGUUUGAUGAAGCUUCUGAAAGGUUCAUUCUGCCAUAAACCAGGGUCUCCAGGCAUUAUGUCCACACAACACUGUAAUAGCCAUAAUUUCUUAAAUACACAGUGCUGUUACUGUAAAUUGCCUCACAUAUUUUAAUACAGAUUUAAUUUUACACUGAUUUUACAUAGCCUGUGCAUUUUGUUUUUUUAAAUGUUGUCUUUUGUUAUUAAAAAUACCCUGUGUGAUUGCUAAAUGUAUAAUAUGCAGGAUUUUCCAAAUGUAUAUCACAAUUUACUGUACCUCUCUUAACACAACUUUGUGGUGUCUGAACUGUGAGACAGAAGCCCAAUGCAUUUAUCUCUUCCUCAAAUGUAAACCAAUAUACAUAGAGCUAUAACAGAAUAAUUAUAUAGCUUCAAAAGUCAGUAUAAAACAAAUAAAAAGGGUAUGAAGAGGCUUGUUUACAAAUACUGUCUAAGAAAUCCUGAAUAUUAUACUGUUAAGCACCGUUCAAGCUAAUUGAUU